UUGAUGGAGAUCCACACUUCAUUAUAUCGGUGCCACAGAAAAAAGAUGCCAUUUGUUUCAAUAUCAAUGAAAGCCCUGGUACUAUCUUAAAUUUAAUAAAUGACCCAAUUACAGGCAUCACAGUCAAUGGAGAACUCAUUGGUGAUAAGAGACCAAAUAGUGAUGCAAAGAUCCAAAACUCAUAUUUUGGAAAACUUGGCAUUGCAAAUAAGCACCUGGAUUUAAAGCUGACAGUGACUCCUGAGAAGAUCACAAUUCAGAAUGGGGAUGAAAAAACAGGUUUCACCUGGCUUGACUCAGUCACCUUACAACAGGAUGGUUUUACUUUGAUAAUUAACAGAAAGAAAAAUCUGGUGCUCUCAGUGGGCAGUGGUGCCUCAUUUGUUGUUGUUUUGCACCAAGUAUGGAAGAAGCAUCCUCUCCACCAAGACUUCCUAGGACUGUAUACAUUGGAAGGUGAUAAACUGUCUGAACAGACCCAUGGCUUACUAGGACAGUUUUUCCACCCCAUUGACUUCACCAUACUUGAAAUUUAUCCUGGGGAGGAUCCCAAGAAACCAGAUGCCACAAUGAUUGUUAAAAACAAUGAACUGACAGUAACAAGGGGCUGGCAGAAGGAUUACAGAGGAGAUCCUGUCCAUGGCGUUGAUGUUCCUUGCUGGUUUGUCCAUGACAAUGGAGCUGGGCUGAUAGAUGGGGUUCAUACAGACUAUGUUGUCUCCAGUCUGUUUUAA